AUGACUCCCGACACGACAGAGGAAUCCCAAGAGAUCCAAACCGCCUCCAAUCUGACCUUGUUGCCACCGUCGAUAAACGCGGACACACCGUCGGUUGGUGUGACUAAACAAGCCACCAUGGAACAGAGCAGUCCGCUCGUCGAUACCACAGUCGCGUCUGAGGGUACCACGGCUUUUACCACAACAGCGAUGAUGAAUCGUGUCGACGAGGGUGGCGACAUCGAAAACAUUGUGCAGGGCGCUGCACCUGCUUCACCGGAUGUGACAAAGCACGUGGCCCUAACAAUUGAAUCGACUCCACCGCCCGUUGCAAAUACAGACGCGCCGACUCCCACGGCGUUGCCAGUCGCUGUGCCAGCGCCACCAGUACAAGCGUUUAGGCCCCCCGUGGUGAAGCAUGUUCGCUUCUCGGACGAAGUGCCGUCCACGCCUUCGUUCUUGGCCAAGCGAUUGAAGUCGAAAGUCGAGUCUUCCAAGUCGAUGACUCACCGCUUUCAGCUCCGCAAAGUCGUCGUUGCACCGCCGCCGCUAACCGACGAAGAAGCGCUUCGGGCAGAAUUGUCCAUGCAUCUGCCGGACACACCACCCAGCGUGACCCUCAAGCAUAACGUACGGCUCGGAUUGCACAUGGCCAAGCAGGUCAAGUUGCUCCGGUCCAACUGCGUCGAGUCGCCGAAACAACUGACCUUGCGCAGUGUCAAGCUUAAGUCGUGGGAGCUCAUGGCCACGUUGGGCAUCGCGUACAGCACGACGAUGGUCACGUUGGACAUGGAGGGCGCGAACUUGAAUGCCCAAUGCGCCAAGGUGCUGUUUCGAGUGUUGCGAUCGAAUCGAAGUAUCCUGCAGCUCAAUGCCGCUCGCAACGGCAUCUCUGACGAAGCCGCCUUCGCCCUGGCUGCCAUGGUCCACACCAACACGUCGCUGACCCAGCUAGUCUUGCACCACAACAUGAUCACGGGCCGAGGCAUGAAGGUCCUGUCGCAAUCGCUCCAAGAUAACCAGGACUCGAUGAUCGUUGAAUUGGAUCUAAGCUUUAACCCGCUUGGAGAAGGUAGCACCGAGGCGCUGUCGUCUUGCAUCCAGGUAAACGAGUCGCUCACGUCGCUCAACUUGGCGGGGUGCUGUGUUGAUGAAGUCGGCAUUCUCGCAUCUCUCCGUCGCAACUAUACGCUGAUCGCGCUUCAGCUACAGUCGCCAGCCACAGAUCCAGAACAAAAUCCAUCGGGCCGCCUCCACCGCGAUCGCUUGAAUCGAAGCCAUGCCCCACCCAUCAUGGAAGCACUUCGGCGGUCGACUUGCGCUCUUGAAACGUGCAACCUCACGGGUGUGGACCUCCCAGUGGGAAAAUUCCGAACAUCGCGGUGGGUCAAGAUGGCCAACGAGAACCUCAACGAGCUCGACGGGAUGAUCCUAGCGGCGUUGCUGCCAGCGAACAAAAUACUGCUGGAGCUCGACCUGAGCUCGAAUGCACUGCGAUCGGAGAGUGUCUUGGCCAUCGUGACCGCCAUCGUCGACUGCCCUAGCUUGGAACGUGUCGAUGUGCAUGACAACGACGUGACCGAUGUCAUUGGCGAGGCUUUGGGGCUGGCGCUUGUACCCAACACAACGCUCCAGACAAUUCGCGUUGCCACGUGCGAGCUCGACGUCCAGCUCCUCCGCGGCAAUACCGGCUCGGCGGAAGUCAUAUCGUUCGCCAAGGACCAGUACACUCACCCCCUCGACAACUGGAUCGUCACCGUCCUCUUUGGCGUGAACCGACGAACGGCCGUCCUGAACGAAUUGCACGUCCCUCCGGCAUCGGAGACAUUGGAUAUGUGCCACUUAACGCUGGGAGUUUACGAGUCAGUGUACUUGUGCACCCGCAUCCGCCAUCACGUGCACCUGAAAACGCUGCUGAUCAACAGCUCCAACUUGACCUACUACGCAGGGAUUCGCCUCGCAGAUGCCAUUCGUAACCACCCGAUCUUGCUCUCGGUGUCGCUCGAGCACAACAACUUGCAUCAACUCGGCGGCAAAGCCAUCGCGGAAUGCAUGGAGCACAACCACUCGAUCACGCACCUCAACUUGAGUUGGAACAACCUGGACGACGCUGGCGUCCAGCCGUUUGCCACGUCACUGCGAGCGAAUCGACGGUUGAAGCGCCUCGACUUGCGCGGGAAUGCCAUCGGCGCGACCGGCAUCGCCGCCAUCAGCGACGGCUUGGCCUGCAAUGCGUGCUUGGAAGAGCUGCAUCUUCGAUGGAACAACAUCGGCACAAACGCCGCGCGGGCACUCGCGACCGCCUUACGCGUCAACAAGACCCUGCUUCUUCUGGACAUUGAGCGGCAUCACAUGGAAGCCGAUGGUGCUGUCGCGAUGGCGGACAUGCUUCGCGUGAACAAGUCGUUAACGCACUUGAACAUGAAGGGCGACUUGAUGGUGCACCCAACUUCGAGCAUCAGCGUUGACGGCGCGCAGCAGCUCGCGGCCUCGCUGCGUGAUCACAACCAAACACUCGUGCAAUUCAUGGUGGGCGAGACCCGCAUGCACGUGGAAGGAUGCGAACAUUUUGCUAAAAUCAUGUCGACGACGCGGCUAGAAGUGCUCGAUUUGUCGUAUUCAGAGCUGGAUGGGGAGACGAGCUUGGUGCUGUUCAGCCAGUUGGCACACAACACAUCGCUUGUGGAGCUGUGCCUAGCUCACAAUGUAGUUGGCGCCGACGGCAUCAAGGGGUGUGUGCGAAGCCUGUGUGUGAACAAGUGCUUGCGAAAACUCGAUCUCACGGCCAACAACAUCACCGAAGAAGGGAUGCUCAUGAUCGAAGCUCAAGCCAAGCAUUUCUCGCUGGUUCGAUUGAAUUUACAAGGCAAUCGCUCGACCGACGGCACGCGGACCCGCCUUCUCGCCUUGACCUUGUUCGUGGUCGAAAUAUAGCAACCGCUAUGAAACGACGACAGCCACACACGACGGCGAUGGGAUGUGCAACGAGUGACCUGUCGGCACGACUCCGUCAAGCGAAGACAAGCGAUAUGACACAAUCGAGUGCGAGUUUUGGUUCGCGACGACAACGAGGUCGGUCCCCACGAGGGUGAAGUGCCGCGGCACCGUGCCUUGCGACGACACAUACUGCGGCGCUGACAACAAUCCGGCGGGGUACGUGAUGCGGAAUACUGCGAGUUGGUCGAUACCACGGACAGAUGCCAAGACAAAGUGGCCGCAUUUCGAUACACGGACUUCGGCCGCAAUGCUUUCGACCGACGACUUUGCUUUGAAGGCUGCAGAGACCAACGAGACAGUUUGCAGCGGCGUCGACAAGAGCCCGCGGUUGGCGUCGAUGGUGUGGACAGACAAUUUGUUUGAAAGCUCGUGUACAACGUAAGCGAGGGGCAGGGUUGGAUGGAUGUCCAAGUGGCGCGGUCCCGACCCAGGCGGCAACGUCAUGUCGUCGGCGUCAGGAUGCUGAGUCAAUGCGCCUAGGAAUGGAUAAGCAUAGGAUGCUUAUUUGAGUUGCAGGCAUGUACCCCCAGGACUUAGAAACUGGUGCGAGAUUUUGUCGCUCCCCAAGUCUACAAUGGCGAGGGUGGUAGGAGACAACCACGUCGUACUAUGGCAGUGCGGAGCUUCUUGGCGCUGUGGGUUAGCCAAGCUCGCCCCCGUCAUUUGAACGAAGCCAGAACUGUCGUGAAGCUUGCCGUUGCGACGAUCGAUUGGGAAUACACUGACGUUGCCACCACCGUAGUUUGCCACGGCGACGAACGACCCAGAAGGGUCGAUGGAGAGGUGGCACGGGAAGCCUCCUCGCGAAGGAUGCUCCGAUGUACGGUGCAACCUGCCUUGUUCAUCCAAUGUAAACGAAACCACCAUGCCAGAUCCGUGUGGAAACGUGUCUUGGAGCGCGUCCGAGUGUUCGUUGACGGCGUAUGCGGAACUGCCCUUGACGACGACAAAAGAAGGGUUGACCCCAGCGUUUUCGUUGACGUGGCUCAAUGCCAUCUUUCCAGUUGCAUGAUCGAUCGAAACAGUGUAGAUUCCGUUGCCCUUGCCAUCCACGUGGUCCUCCUUCCGCGUAUAUGUGCCCACCAAGAGGCGGGUGCGCUGCCCUGCCGCCAUCGUUGCCAUUUUGUUGUUGAUCUUUCA